AAUACUUGUACUUCCGGUCCACAUGUAAACUCAACGUGAAUCAAGUGUAGACCGGAGGCUGUAACUGUCAGUGAAGAAUUAUCAGUGAAACAGUUGCGUCAGGUUUUCGCAGACUUUUCUGAACAUGAAGCUGCUCACGCACAACAUGUUGACAUCUCACGUGAAGGGAGUCACUAAAGGGUACCCGCUGCUCAUCAAGGCCACUGAGGUGAAGAUGAACGAGGUGGAGUUCAACCCUCAGUUUGUCAGCCGGAUGAUUCCCAAACUGGAGUGGAGUGCUCUCAUCCAGGCAGCAGAGGAGUUGGGACAUCGACAGGACCUGCCAGAUGAGGUGGUGACAGACUACGAGAAAGAUGAAGAGUUCCUGAAGAAGGUGCACAGAGCGCUGUUAGAGGUGGAGGUGAUAGAGGGCUGUCUGCAGUGCCCUGAAUCAGGACGGGAGUUCCCCAUCACCAGAGGAAUCCCCAACAUGCUGCUGAACGAAGAUGAGGUGUAGACUGCACCUCCCCUACGCAUCCAUACCCUGAAACUGUCCCUCGGAUGAAUCUGUAUGUAAUCAGAGAGAGGCUGGACUCUUAAUGGCCACGCUGUUUGUUUGUUUGAUUCUAGUUCUGACAUUUAUGUGGCAGUGGAAAAACAUUUGACGAAUAACAGGCAGAAAAUGUUCCCCAAGAUUAACCCCAUGUGGUUUUAUCUGUAUUUAUUUUUGUAACUGUGCUUUUUUUUCAAUAAAACUGUCCUGAUUUCCA